GUUUCGAUAGGGGAGGCUUUGUAGUUUGUUGACGUCUUGUAGGUUUUUUACCUUGCGCGUUCCUUUGUUCCUUUUCUAUAGCACUAUCAGCUUGCAUGCUAUUGGUUGUAUUUCGUUCAUUCUUUUUCUUUGUGGUUCAUUAACUGUCAAGUUCCGCUGAGUUCCGCACGCACGUCAUUGGCUCGCUCCAGUCUCACGUUGGCUCAAGUGAUUCGAUUUCAUUGAAUUAUUCGUUCAGUUCGAAGUUCCCCGUUCCGACUCUGUGUAAUGAUGUAUUUCGUUUUUAUUUUAAUAUAAUAACACAAAAUAGUGAAAGAGAAGAUAGUUUCAACAGAAGUGUUAAAGAGAGGAUUGGUUUUAAGUUACAAUAUCUUUGUGGUUUUAUCGGUGCAACCAUGGAGCCCUGCGGAGAUGAAGAAAAUAACUUUUCUGAUGUUAUCGACAAUCUAAUGAACAUGUUCGGCAAUGUGAUGAGUAAAGAUGUAAUUUCAGCUGUUGUUGAGAGCUGCGACGGUGAUUUGAACCUAUCUGUGGAUGCGAUCAUGAAUAUGACAAAUGAUGGCAAUAUAAUUUGUGAAGAAGAACAGCCAUCAACUACCGAAAUGCUACCAGCGCACACAGUAUCUCUACUGAAUCCAAUAGUAACACAACCACAACCCGCAAAUCCCAUUCAACCUUCAGUUUCAUAUGCGGCUUCAGCUUCACAACCUGCACAGGCCACUGGUGCUAUACCAAAAAUCGUUCAAAAACCAGUCCAACACAAUGAUAACCUCUGGACAAAUCAGGUCAAGGAAAUUCUAGUUCAUCACAAUCAAGGCAACAGAAUACUGAUUCUGAUGAGAGGUGUGCCUGGUAGUGGAAAGUCACAUUUGGCCCGACAAAUCAUAAAUAUGAUGUUUGGACCAAGUCCAAACCACUAUAAAACAUACAUUUUGUCUACUGAUGACUAUUUUAUGGUCAGAGGACAAUACCAGUAUGAUAAAUACAGACUCUCCGAGGCACACUCAUGGAAUCACAACAGAGCUAGAAAUGCAUUGAGAAGUGGAUUAAGCCCAGUCAUCAUUGACAAUACCAAUGUUGAAUUAUGGGAGAUGGAGCCUUACUUAAGAGAAGGUGUGUCGAACGGGUACAUAAUUGAAGUUGUAGAGCCCAACACGCCGUGGGCUAAGAAAGCCCAUCAGCUUGUUAAAAGAAAUAUGCACAAUGUGCCUUUGGUGAACAUUAAACGCAUGCUAGAAAACUACCGCGAUGGUGUAACUGGAGAUAUUUUAAGAAAGUCGUAUGGACUGUCGUAUCCUGCCGGCAUGAAUCCUCCCGUAAAAAGAUUGAUACCUCCUAUUCCGAAAGAAGAGUCACCUCCACCUAAACCAAAUGCUCGUAUGCAAGAUCGUCCUUCUGCACGAGCCACUGCCACUAACACAGUGGCGAAUACUGAUUCAUUUCGCUCCUCCCCGUCAACAGUAAACGUUCAGACACAGCAACCGAGAACCAACAAUAGUCCAGAAAAGCAUGAUGACAAUACUCCAUGUUUAAAGCCACUUGUGGAUGUCAAGGAACCAAAAAGUGAUGAUGUUGAAAUUGAACAUGAAGAUGAUUUAUUAAAUGAGGAACAGAAAAAAAUAAAAUUAUACAUGGAAGCACAGAAAAAACUGGAAGAAAUAGAAAAAGUGGAAAAAGAAUGGGAGAAUGGUGAUAAUUGGGAUACUGACGAUCAAGGUGCGGCUUCUGCGGCUCCACUGAAAAGGUUUGCAAAUGCAGCUGUUACUUCUGAACCAAAAUUGAGCACUACUAUUACCACUUCGGUAACCCAGGCUAAGCCACAAAGAAAGCUUAACUCGUCACCCCCGGCAACACCAUCAUUUGACUCAGCGGAAUCUUUGAUGCAGAACGUAACUGAUUGUCAAGACUGGAGUAAAAUAUCAAUGUUUAUGCCUCCAUGGGCUGAUGCAUCUGAACAGUCUAGUUCAAAUGAAAACCAAACAGUUCCAGUUGAAACAAUGUCUAGCAGCACAUGUAUGGAAAUUGGAGACACAAAUGUUAACAGCUCAUUCAAAGUUAUUUCUGCUACGCCUCGUAAUAUUAAUCAAUUUCAUAUUUCAUUCGAUCGUGAAAAGAUCCCACAGAAAAGGAUGCUCGAUAAAAGCAGCAUGACUAAUGAAGGUUUCAUCACAAAUGCUUACAGGUGUCCUCAUGAAGAAAAACAUUUCAUAGCUUUUAGAAAGCUAUUCAAGAACAUUGCACGUUCGGAUCUACGGGAUAUUUUCGAUAAAUGUUGCGGUGACGUUAAUUGGAGUGUAGAAAUUGUGCUUGAUGGAAUGAACAAUAACCAGUUUAAAACUGUUGAAGAAGAAGAGCAAUCUGAUCCAGAAGAAGAAAGUUUUGAGCAAUGUUCGUGUUUGGCUAAUUACAGUAUUAUACCUGAUUUGUCUACACCAGACGAACUUAAAACUGAACCAAUAGAAGAUAAAGUUCCUGUUACAGCGAACGUGUCUCAAUCACAGAAAAAGAAACGUGAAGUCGCAAUGUCGGACGAAACUAUUCAAAUAAAACGACAGAUUGAACAGAAUGUAGUGAUUGCUGACAAUCAUUAUUCGAAACAUUGCCUCAAGAUACGCAGAUUCCGUCGCGGAGAGCCAGAUGUUGACGACGCUGAAGCUGGACCUUCGGGCCUGUCAGCUGGCGCUUCAGAGUUUACAUUAAAAAAUGAUCUUAGCUUAGACAUAAGUGAUGACGAGGAUGGCUCUAGUGUUAGCGAUAAUGACGAAGACGUUAUAGUUAAUGUUGAUUUGGGGAGCGCUUUGAUAGCUGAGUUAGAUGAGAGGUUUGGGAGGAAAGACAUGCAAUACCCAGACUAUAUUGUGCCUAGGGUUAGCAUCCCGCUAUCAUUAUUGAAUGAAAUCAAUGCGUUAUGGAUGGAAUCAUUGACGUUUCAGCUCGACGAGCACGCCAAUCGUGCCGCGGCUAUGAUGCAGCAAGACGAAGAGUUCGCGAGACAAAUCGCUAUGAAGGAGGCCGAAUUGUCUCUGGCAGGCAAAGAGCCGGAGGUUCCAGACUUCAAAGAGAUUAUGGACAUGGAUAUGGCACUUGCUAUUUACCAGAAAGACGUAGCAGAAUGGCGUAAUAACAUGCCAACAGACUUGGCCGCCAAGAUGACAAGGGACAAGCUUUACAAUUUGUUCCCUGAUGUUGAUAAGGACACUCUUACGGAGUUGCUGAUGGCUCAUGAUAAUAAUUUCAACGCUACUGUUGAGUCCCUGCUUAUGUCCACCGGUCGCAAUGAUGUACUGGAACAAGAGAAUGGAGUCAACAAAUUCGUUGUAAACGAAGAAAUGAAAGUCAAGGACAAGAUACUUCAAGAGCAAAAGAAGGACGAAAUUGAUUUCUUGCAGGAACUAUCGGAGGCAGAAUGGCCAUUACUGCAGAAGGACCAGAAAGUGGAUAUGGCAACCAUAGACGCUUAUCGCGAAGAGGCCGACAACCAUCUGGCGCGACGGAAUCUAAACUACCAGAAAGCACAAGAUUGCAUUCGUCGCGGUAUGACUCAAGUUGCCAAUUACUAUUCGGAGCUAGCUAACUUUCAUAAGCAGAAAUAUGAAUAUGCCAAUGGUUUGGCUGUUGCUGCUCUCAUGCAAUACCAUGCAACGAAUAAUCCUGACUCCACUACGAUUGACCUACAUUUCUUGCGCGUGAAAGAAGCUAAGGAGUCGUUGGAUGUUUUCAUCGACACUCAUAUAUCGAAGCUCCGAGAAGAAGGCAAUCGUCGCAAUCAGGUGCUUUUCUUCAUCACCGGCCGAGGAAGUCACAGCCAGGGGCGAGCUCGUAUCAAACCAGCUACAAUACGCCGCUUGAAGGAACGCGGACUUGGGUAUUCGCUAAAGAAUCCCGGCUUACUCGCUGCUAAAGUGAGCUCUGACACGAAGCUAACUUACCAGGUAUCAGUUCCCUAGGGAACGGGGAACCAAGACAGUGACACGUUUUUCUUUAGAAGACCGUGUCGUGUCUUGUUAGUCUUCAAUGGCGCUUUCAUGUUAAUCCGAGGGAAGGAAUGCCCUGUAUUUUACCCCGUUUUAGUCACAUACGGAUCAGCCGUCUUCUACUUUCGUGGCUACACCAACUCUUGGGUCACCGUAGAACAUAUCUUUUGGCCGGAACCCGAUGAUUUCGAAGUCCUAAGGAAUAUGGGUGAUGCCACAUUUAUAUAUGAUUGCCCAAGUUUUUUUGCAAAUUUAGAUACAACUGGCAUAUAUCGUUAUGAACAAGUUAUUUACUAUCCUGUCUUGCCCGGGUUCCCUGUAAUGUCUCCGCUGCCAAUAGCGUGGGCUUAUUAAUUCUUUGUGUGACUCCUUAGGAAUUUUUUGGCGGUCAAUACGCGCCAUUUUUUUGAAUCAGUAGUGUUAGUUACUUGUAGAAGGUUUUUGAUUACUGUCUAUAUGAUACAAAUGAUACUUGAUGUCUUAGUAGUUGCGAACUAUCACCAAACUACAUGGAUAAAAACAGUUUAGGCUUUAGACUUUAUGGCAAUUAUUUCUCAACUCGAUAGGCAAGCGAGUCCGCAAAAUUUACCAUUAUAUCAUAACGUACCUUAGUCUAAGUUGUAAAUGUUUGCUCAAAAAUAAGUUUUAGUUUUUAUUAUCACAUAAGUAUUACCAAAAAUAUUAUAACCAAUACGUAACCUGUUAAUUUUUCUACCGGAAUUGUAUACGGACCAAUUUUGAUUACUUCUCCAAUUUGAGGAAUUAGAUUUUGCACGAUGUAGGUACCUGUAUAUUAGUAAAACUGAACAAUAUGACACCCUGUUAUUCCGCUUUUUAGUAUCAGUAAAGCACGUUUAAAACGCAAAUACCUAUUUGAAUGUGUUAAUUUGCACUUUGCUUAUAAGAAAACUACUAUAUCAUAUCAGCUUUUCGUCCUCAUAGUUAUGAUAUAUUCAGUACCUAUAAUUUGCUAAGCGAUAGUAAAAGCUUUAGCGAUUUUGCAUAGCGAAAAUCCCGCGGGAUUUAUCUACUAUAAGUUUAUUGUCUGUGAUCGUUACAGGGUGUAACUUUAAAAAAGUUUGUAUUACCCCUGAAGUUAGAAAAACGAUGUCUGGUUUCUUUUAGUAAACCUCUUUAUCGUUUGUCUUUGUAUGAGCCGUCCGAUCAUAUUUAAUUCUAUAUUCCCUCCCUAAAUCAACAAGUAAAUACAAAUCCUCUGGGUACCUAUUUAUGGAAAAUUCUAUCUAAUCUACAUCUAAAGAGCUACAUUAUUUCUCUAUAUAAAUAUACGGAAAACAAUUCUUCAGAUUAUUUACGUUUAUUUAUGACCUACAUUAUUAUAAUCCUAGAAGAUAUUAGUUGUGUAUUCAUUAAAGAUGUGUAUUUUUCUCAAAUAUUUCUGAUCUUGUGGACCACUUUCCAAUCUCCAUUCAUAUCGUACCUCAUUAAUUAUAUUCACGUACAAAACUUUUUUUUAGCUCAGAGUACAUAUUCUUAAGAUAGUGUUAUGCACCUAAAGCGGUCUACAGACGAGUUGUAUUUCUUUUGUUGUGCUCUACUGGUAAAAUUUUGACUUUCGUCUGUAGAACGCUUUAUAUUAAAAUUAAUAUUGUAACUUUAGUAUACAAGUGAUUCGGACAAUUUUGCACGUUGAACCUUAUGUAGUGAGCUCAAUGGGCAUUUUUGUAUUUUGUAAAAAAAAACUAAAAAGCAAUGACAAUUGUGCCAAAUGAGCACCAGAUAAUAAAAAUCGUAAAAUCUUGUAUUUUGAAAAUUCAGGGAAUUAAGAAAUAUUAGAUUGUGAUGAUGCCUUUAUCAAAAAGUCAAACAAAGGCUGAAAGUUUUUGAAUCUAAUCUUUCUUUUUGUUUCAAAAUAUGACUGAAAGUCUAUUUUAAUGAAAUUAUUGAAUUUGGCUUUUUGGCCGCACUCUCUAAAUUCUUAAAACCAUUUUGAUAAUAUGAUGGAGAAAACAGGCGUUUUUGAACAUUUAAAGGCUCGAGCAGACCGGAUGCGUAUGCGUAACCACGCGCGUAGUCACGCGCGUAGUUACGGCGUAACCAUGAGUUGUAAUGUAUGGAAAUGUAUGAGACAGGCCACACCGCUUGCGUAACGACGCGCGUGUCUA